AUGGAUAUAGAGGAAUAUGAGAACCUUAAAUCUGGUGUUAGACAUUAUAACAAGGAAUGUACUGUGAUCUUUAGAGUUAAGGAUGUUAAAAAACUUGAUAUUAAUAAACUUAUAGAUGCUGUGGAAGAGCGGAUAGGCCUCGGAAACUGUUAUGGGUGUGUCCCGAGAAAUCCAGAUAUUAUUGAAGUCACUGUUGACUGUGUCAACAACGCCAUUAUUAUCAGCGAUGGAGUAGAAGUUGACUCUGAUUUCUUAUCAGGUGAGAUCCUAUAUUCAAGAUAUAUGGUAGUUUCGAUCUUAAAUUUACCAACAUACAUUGAAGAUGAUGUUAUAGUUCAAAAACUGGAGAAUUUUGUUGAAGUGAGCGGACCGGUUAGAAGAAGAUACUAUAAUAAGUUUAAAGGAUGUACAGACGGUACGAGGUAUGUUCGAUGCAAAUUUCCAAGCAACAUUACAUCGCUUCCAUGGGCCUUUAGCUUUGAAACGGUAGAAGGGGCAAGAAGUUUCCGAUUAAUACACGACAACCAGCGUAAGGUGUGUCGACAAUGCCUGUCAGAGGACCACAUAUUUUCAAAGUGCCCAGAUACACAGUGUAGACGUUGCAGAUUGUAUGGACACAUAUCAGCAGAUUGUACCGCCCAGAAAUGUGAACUGUGUAGGAGAUAUAAUUGUAACUGCAAUAGACAUAUAUCUGAAGAAGAUGGGAGAAUAGAUGAGAAUCACAAAGACACAAAUAAAAGAAAUGAAGAUAAU